UUUAAUGUCCCGGCAGUUCAAGUUUCUCCACAGUCCUGUAUACUCUCUCAACUCACUACUGGGCCAAGCAGAGAGCUCUGUAGGCCGAUAACUCAUCCCACUUCAUCACAGAUUAUUACACCAGCUUAUUAAAGGACAGCGCGUUCAGGAUGAACGGGGAGGACAUGGCUCUGCACAAGCUGGGCGACGUGGAGGCUUCCACGGCCCCAUCUGGGAAGGUUUACCGCUCUAUCAAUAUAAAUCACUACGCCACGAAGAAAAGUGCAGCUCAGAGCAUGCUGGACGUGGCGCUGCUCAUGGCCAACUCGUCCCAGCUGAAGACCGUCCUGUACGUGGGGCCUCAGUACCGUUUCUACAUCCCCCUCAUCGUCUUGUUGUCUCUGUCCAUCUCCUUACAAGUUGUAGUCGGGCUGCUGCUCGUCUUUAUUGUGAAAUAUGAUCUGAACGACGUGAGGAAACAAGCCAAACUGAACAGGAUGAACAACGUAGCGACGGUCUUCGUCUUCUUCACGGUCCUCAUCAACAUCUUCAUCACGGCGCUCGGCUUCGAGGGGCAGUCACUCAGAUCAUCAGUGCUUCCUGAAAUGUCAGUACCAGAGGCACAGUCUUUCCCGAUAGUGACUGACCAAAACCUCACUGGAAGCAUCUAGACCAGCCAUUCCACCAAAAAAAGACAUUUUCCUUUCUUCCUUGGGACGCAGAUCCUUGACGUCUUAAUGGUUUUGGGGCAGUAGCCUCUUGUGGAUGUUUGACAGCUAUCUUUAUAACUUCCAUAUAAGCCACAGUUGAAAUUAUGGCUUAGAAGAACAAAUGUACACUAGCUGGAAGUGCAUUUCCAGCCCCGUAUGGAUUUAAUGGAUGUCACAUUGUCUUGCUGAGAGACUUGGGAAACCAAGCCCAGACCUCAUCCUAAAAAAAGACGACUAUCAGCUGCAAUCAGCCCAUAACUGGCCAGGGAUGAAUCCUUCAUUCAAGAACCACUAAGUGAAACCUCAACCUCAGAGUGAACAAAGACUACACAACCUCAACUCUGGAUCACAGUCCCAACGAUAAAACCUCGAUUCAACCCAAGUUUCUAAAAUCAGCUAAAAACCGAAAUCUUGACUGCAACAUUCACAAACCCAGACUCAUGUUGUGUUUAUCUGCCUAGAGAGCUGCUGUUCUCAUCUCUCAACUCUGAACCUUUACUGCUGACCUCUGACCUCUUACAGUUUGUACUAUGUAACCUCGCUCUAACCUGCAGAGUUAAAGUCACUCUGGCAGUGAUGGUAGCCUUCGAGCUAAUUUGUUACCAAAUGCAAAGAAGUUGCACAUUUUAUGUAUGUGUUCAAAACACUUAUUUUUUUAUCCUGUAAAAAUAUAAAUACAGACGAAUCCUGAUGAUGCUAAAAUGUUUGGUUGACGGAAGUCCUUUCAUAUUUUUUUUUUU